AUGGCUGUAAUGACCCGGCAGAGAGCGAGAUCCAGUCGAGGUUUGGCUGAGCGAGGACCAAUCCCGGUAACUUUGGUCUCUGGGUUUCUAGGGAGUGGUAAGACAACACUUCUCAAACACAUCCGCACCUCUGGCCAGCACUCUCUGCAGGUCGCGGUCAUUGUCAAUGACAUGGCCGCUCUUAACAUCGACGCCUCCCUCAUCAAACGUCACAUGGCCUCACGGACGCAGGAACGUCUGAUACAGAUGGAGAAUGGCUGCAUCUGCUGCACACUUCGCGGGGACUUGCUCGAAGAGUUGGCGAACUUGGCUCGCAACGGAGAGUGCGAAUACGUCCUUAUUGAGAGCACAGGCAUCAGCGAGCCAAUGGCAGACUUGGAUGGUUUGCAAAAUGUCGCCAAACUAGACGCCCUUGUUACCAUUGUCGACGCGUUCAAUUUCUUGGACAAUUUUGCGACCACAGAGUUUAUUACGGACCGAUGGGGAAAGGAAGGUGUUGAUCCAGAAGACGAACGUACUAUAACGGAUUUGAUGGUUGACCAGAUGUCGGUAUAUUGUCUGAAGACACAAGUCAGGCUAAGCUCUUACGACAUAACUAAUCAGUCCGUGACAAACAGUGAAUUCGCCAACACCAUCAUCCUCAACAAGGCCGACAGCGUGGACAAGGCGACAAAGUCUCGGAUCAGGGCCGUUAUCCAUCAACUCAACCCUGCCGCAAAAGUCUUAGAAUCCAAUUACUCCAAAGUCGACGCCAGAGAAGUCAUCGCCACCAAGACAUUCUCGUUCGAAAAAGCCGCUACCAAUAUUUUCAUUGAAGCCGACUUUGCCGAACCCUGGGGCGACCGACGACAAGAAAUCGUGUUCAUUGGCGAGAAACUCCACACGGCCGGUCUGAAGGCCGAAUUCGACCAAUGCUUGUUGACAGAUGCCGAAAUGCAAAAGUGGGAGAAGAUCAUGAAAUCUUCUGAAGACAAGCAGGUCAUCAAUGAUAAAUCGGCAGUUGUCUUCGAAGGUGACAUAAUCCAACAAUAUCAGGAUGUCUUACCUGGAAUUUACAACUGA